AUGAGAGUCGUGCAAAUUUUAAGUCUAGUCGCACAAUUUGCGAUGGUGGUGAGAGGGACGGCUUCGAUUUGUCAAACGCAGAUUGAUCCAAGAAGUAUCGAUGUUGCUACUCGCUCUCAAUGGUGUACUGUUCAAAUCAACACAUGCGGAACCCUUUGCGGUGGUGUCACGGAUGAAAAUUCAUGUGAUAUAACAUCCCUCUGCUACUCAUGCACCUGCACUUCCAACUCCUCAUCUCCCGCUCUGCAACUAUACACCUCCACAAUCCCGUUCUUCGUCUGCGAACAAACAUACUUAGAAUGUAUCGCAGCCGGAGAAGAUGAUCCCGCCGCACAGAAAGCAUGUAGGGACACGGAAAACCAGAAUUGCGGAACUUUAAAUCCAGAUACUGUUUCUUCUUCCGCUGCAACUUUACCGUCCAAAUCAACAGUAAAACCUACCCCAAUCCCUCAGAUGACAUCGCAAACGGGAAUUACCACGAAUACAAAUACGGGGGAAUUAAUAACUAGCACGACGAAAACGGUCACGCCGACCCCGACGGGAACGACGACUGUGUGGACUACGUCUACAGCUUCUUCCGGGUUGGGAAGUGCGGGUAAUGGGACGACGGGAAGUGGAAGUGUGAGUGUGGGUGCAAGUGCGACGGGGAGUUUGUCGUCGUUGUUGGGGGGGACGGGUGUUAGUGGUGGUGGUAGUAGUGGUAGUACUACAGCAUCGACGAUGUCGAGGACGAGUAGUUCGAGGGCGGUGACGGGAACAGCGAUAGGAACGAGUGCACCGAGUACGAUUAGCGAGGGUGGUGCGGAGAGAAUGAGAGUUGGGGGAGCGUGGAUGGUUUGGGGUGUGUUGAUGGUUGGAGGUGGAUUUGGGGUUAUGGAUUAA